AUGCCUCUGAGUGCAACAAUGGUCGGAGCUUUACUGGGUCUUGGUACCCAGAUGUACUCUAACGCCCUUCGCAAACUCCCUUACAUGCGUCAUCCGUGGGAACAUGUGGUGGGUAUGGGACUUGGUGCUGUGUUCGCGAACCAGCUUGUGAAAUGGGACGUGAAGCUUAAGGAAGAUCUCGAUGUUAUGCUUGAUAAAGCCAGAGCUGCUAAUGAGCGUCGUUACUUUGAAUUUGUGCCUUUGAAGAAGAAAGGAUACGAUUUUGCAUAUUGA